UAGCGCAACCAGCGUGAAAUGCAUGUGACGCACUGCUUGUUCUACUUCGUUCGUGUUGCCUAGGAUAGAAGGGUACCCUCCCGGGUACCGCCAAAGUAUGGCAAUUGUGCGGUUCUGAGCAACUGUAAUCGCCGGCCGUCAUCGACGCAUAUUAGGGCCUAUAUUGCAAGAAUUGUAAGUUGGAGCUAUCAUAAACCACCGCAUUCCUCCUGGCGAACGAGCGCCACCCAAUCGUACGUUAAGGGGCGCCUCGCAUGCGAUCUAUUUUUCGCUGCUGCCCCUCGCCCCGUGUAGCGCAGCGUCUGGCGGCAGCAGCUCUGCGCACCAAGUCAGCCACAGCGCAAGCGGCCCUAAUAAGCGUGUUACCCAUCGACGCUCAGCCAACCCCAGCUACUGCGAAGCUUCUGAACAGCACUCAUCACACCCGCAUUGCACAUGUUGCUUCACGGUUAACCGGCUUUUCCGGGCUUGGAUGCAGCAACCGCAGCAGUAGCAGCAAUUGCGGCAGAAGGAACAGCAGCAGCGGCAACACAACGCGCACAACCUCCACUUCUGCAACCACCACAACAACUGCCGUAACCACCACUGCAGUCAUGCAGCCGGACAACAUUACGGCAGCAGCUGGGGCCGCGGCGCUGGGUGGGGAGGAUGUGAGCUCAUUGCCAAAGGCCUACGUCCGAGUGACCCCUGGGUCGGACACCCUGGCAGUGAGCGUUACGAUGGGAACCAAGUCGUGUAACCUGAACAGGCCCACCGAUGAGCCGCUGGAGAAGGCUCUGGCGCGGCUGGCUAAGAACCUGGCUCCGAAACCGCCAAAGAAGGACAAGCGCAAGAAGCCCGGGGGCCCUGACGCCGCCCCCCCUGACACCGCCCCCCCUGCUGAGGAGCCGGGGAUCGCAGUGCAGCUGUUCGAGGACCUGGCGGAGAGCCGCCCGGUGCCCCCCUCGCUUCCCAACGGCGCUGCCUGGCUGCGGGGGUCUCUGCUGCGGGUGGGGGCGCAGCGCUUCCGGCUGCAGGUGAACCCGCCCGCGGUGGACAAGCUGUACUUGGACCGGUUGGCGAUGGUGGGCUUCCCCACAGCCGCAGUACCCACGCUCGCCAACGCGGACCCCGCCCUGUGUCGCUGGCGCUGGAGUGCGCAGCGCCCCGCACCGGGUACGGCAGGAGCGGCAGCAGGGGCAGCAGGGGCAGCAGGAGGAGCAGGAGGAGCAGGAGGAGCUGGAGGAGCUGGAGGAGCAGGAGCAGCAGCAGGAGCUGGAGGAGCUGGAGGAGCUGGGGGCAGCAGCGGCGGCAGCGGCGAGGAGGAGGGGUGGCGGGACCUGGGUUGCGCCUCGCAGCACUACACGCCCACCGCGGAGGACGAGGGCUGCGUGCUGCGGGUGGAGUGCACCCCGGGGGCGGCCAGGAGGAGGGAGGGGGGCGAGGAGGAGGAGGAGCUGAGCUGGGGGCAGCCGGUGUGGGGGCUGACGGGCCCGGUGCAGCCAGCCCCCCCGGUCACCUCAGCGUCCAUCCGCUCCGGAAGCACCACCACCGGCAGCACCACCACCAGCAGCAACCCCACCAGCAGCAACCCCCCCUCCUGCCCCCCUCCCCCUCCCCCGCCGCCUCCACCCCGCCCCCCGGGCAGCUUCCGCAUCAUGUCGUACAACAUCCUGGCCGACCAGUACGCGGGCUCGGACUACGCGCAGAAGGUGCUCUUCAAUUACUGCCCGAAGGAGUACCUGGACCCCUCCUACCGCCGUGCCCUCGUACUGCAAGAGGUGCUGUCGUAUGGGGCUGAUGUCAUCUGCCUGCAGGAAGUGGACGAGCGCACCUACACCGACUUCCUCUCCCUCCACCUGGGCCGUGCGGGCUACUCCGGGCACUACACCAACAAGCAGG